CGUUUGUUACGUCUUCAUGACGUGUACGGAAGUUACCCGUUGUUAGAAAGCUAGCUAGUUAGCAUGCUGCUGUAGCGCGGUUUGUAUCGUGGUGUUAUGGUUGUUUUUAAUUCGCAACGACGACUGGUGUCGGGAAUUAAACGGUUUCGACGAUGAAAUCGGCACACUUGUGUUUGUUGUUGUACGUCUUUUCGUCAGCCAGCGUGCUGGUUUACGCGUUUGAGCCAAUCACAACAACAGUGGUGCUAGGUAUCGGUGCGGCUCUGGGGCGGACGAUCUACAAUUAUUUACACGAAAGUUGCGAUUCCAAAUGGAUAGCCUUUAAUGCAACAGCUCUCGAAGUCGACCUGGAAAACAAACUGUUUGGGCAGCACAUCGCGUCACGAAUCAUCCUGAAAGCUGUAAAUGGAUUCAUGAGCAACGAGAAUCCGAAGAAGCCCCUGGUGCUCUCUCUGCACGGAUGGACCGGCACAGGGAAGAACUUUGUUAGCCAGCUGAUCGCUAACAGCGUUUACAAAGAGGGGAUAGACAGCAGCUUUGUUCAUAUAUUCACAUCUGAACUUCACUUCCCACAUGCGAGCCAAUUUGAUACCUACAAGUCUCAGCUUCAGCAGUGGAUCAAAGGUAAUGUCACCAACUGUGCACACUCCAUGUUCAUCUUUGACGAGAUGGACAAGAUGCAUCCUGGCUUGAUUGACAGCAUAAAGCCGUACCUGGACUACUACGACAAGCUGGAUGGAGUUUCUUAUCGGAAAGCCAUCUUCAUCUUCCUCAGCAAUGCUGGAGGGGAGAGCAUCACACAGACGGCUUUAGAUUUCUGGAAAGCAGGAAGAGAUCGAGAAGAAAUCGAGCUGAGGGAUCUGGAAACAUUGCUCUCUCUAGCAGUGUUCAACAACAAGAAAAGUGGCUUGUGGCAUACAAGUUUGAUUGACAAGAACCUGGUGGACUUUUUUGUCCCCUUUCUGCCUCUGGAGUACCGGCACGUCGUCCAGUGUGCCAUGGCCGAGAUGAAAGCCAGAGGACUUACGCCAGACAAGAACGUGGCGGACCAGGUGGCCAGAGAUGUAGUGUACUUCCCUAAAUCUGAGAGAGUGUUUUCUGUCAAAGGCUGUAAGACGAUAGAGAGCAAGUUGGACUACUACACAUAAUGUUAGCAUCCGAUGGACGCUGCGUUCAAUCACUGUGCACUUUUUAAAAACAAAAAGAAAAAUUCUCUCAGUGGCCAAAUGACUAAAGAGAGGAAGUCAAGCUGACUGAACUCUGAACAGGUCCCUGUGGAGGAUUCUCUGUCUGACCCUGUGGCCACGUGGAGGAUUUCAGCAGACCUUCUCAAAUGUUGCAUAUCGCUUACACUGAAUGCGGAGGCGGAUGAAAGAGAACGGCGCCAGCUGAAUGAAAAAAUAAUAAGACUGGAAUGCCAUCCUUUGUAAGUGAUUAAGGAGCUUAAUCUCAGCUUUAUGUCACAGUGAGAGUCUCCAAGGCGCUUUCAUUUUCCUGACAGCUUCUAAAUGACUAACAGGGUGUCCUUCUGUCCGUAAAACUACGGCAUGUCACUGUUGUGCAUUUGAUUUUUUUAAUGUGUACUCUAUAUAUGGAGUACUGGAAUAGGGCUGCACCUAGCAAUUAUUUUCAUCAUCGAUUAAACUGCAGAUUAUGUUCUUGAUUCAUUAUCUGGUCUAUAAUAUGUCAGAAAAUAGUGAAAAAUGUCCAUCCUAGUUUCUCAAACUCCAAGGUGAUGCCUUUUCAAAUGUCUUGUUUUGUCAAUCGAAAACCCAAAGAUAUUCUGUUUAUUAUAAUUUGAAACGAAAGCAGGAAAUCUCCAUAUUUGAGGCUGAAAACAGCAUUUUCUGCCAUUUUUGCAUAAAAGGUUACCUUAAUGAAUCGAUGAUUAAAAUAUUUUUCUGUCAGUCGACUUAUCAGUUAGUUGACUGACCAUUGCAGCCCUAUAGUGGAAACACCUGCCUUAAUUAUUUCUAAUUUAACUUUAUUUUUUUUUUAGUUAUUUUACACUUAAGUCCACUGUACACAAGUCCAUCAACAGUCAAAGUUUGCCUUGGUGUGCACUGUUUAUAUGUAUCAUAUUACAAUGAACAUUUUCUACACUGCAGCAACACAAUUCUAACAUGAAAUGUUGUUGAUAUGGUACAUGAUUCUGUUGUAUAUGUGUAAUAUACACUGUAAUUGAUAUGGAUUUGUCCAUAGAGAAAUAUUUCUGGGUUUAAUUUUGCCUUACAGUUCUGAUUUUUUUUUUUACACUAUGACUGGACUCUGUAGCUACAUUUGGACACUGUAUGAACUCAGGAUAGUAAUGCAACAUGGAAAGUUUAAUUUUACCAAAACUUUUUUUUUUUUAAUCAUUCUUAAAAAUGCAGACAAUUUAUAAUACUAAAUUUUAAAAAUAUUGUACAUCAGAGUGGUUGAUUAUCCAAUUACUUUGAUUUAAAAAUGCUCUGUUGUAUAUUUGCCUUUAGAGGACAAAGUCAUACGAAGUCGUUUCCCUACACUCUUAUUGAAGGAAAUGUUUUGCUGGUUUCUCAAAAUCUGACAGUUUGCUGCCAGGUUCUGAAUCAACAACAACAACAACAACAAAAAUGUCAUGAAAUGUUUUCUAUUCAGUUGCUCACCUGCAGGUGAAGGAGCUUUAAGUGGACUGUGAAAGAGCAUUGUUUGUGUGGAUUGAAAGCCAACACUAGUGAGCUUUUCUGCUGAAAACACACCAGACAAACAAAUCACAAAUAAAAUAUGAAUCUUUA